CACUAGGAUGCCUGGCUGUUUCAAAAAGACUUUAUUUGCCUUGGCUUCUGCAAUAAGUUUUGCAUCUUUUAUCUUGAUUGUUGUUGCAAUGGGGACCCCGAAGUGGAUGACCGGAAAGAUCCUGUGCAAAACAGGAGCUGAAUUAGUCAAUGCCACAGAUCCAGAGCUGGUCAAGUUCAUUGGAGAAAUUUACUAUGGACUCUUUCGAGGCGGCAAAAUACGUCAGUGUGGGCUGGGCGGGCGACACUCCAAAUUCUCAGUUUUCCCACAUAUGGUGAAGAAACUGAAUACAGGCCUGCAUGUGAUGAUAAUAAUGUUCCUUUGUGUGGCCAUUUCCUUUUGUCUGGUCAGUUUUGGAUUCUGCAUCCUUAACGCAAUAAAAGUUCCUUACCGUGCCAUUAAGGGUCCGGCAGGAAUAUGCCUUUGGAAUUUCCUUGCAGGUGGAUUCGUAGCUCUUGCAGUCACUGGCUUUAUGGCAGCUGUAAAACUUCACCAUCUCACAGAAAGGAUUGCCAAUUUUCGGGAAAAUGUCUUUCAAUUUGUUAUCUUAGAAGAACAGUUUGAAGAUUGUUUUUGGAUUUGUGUGGCGAGCGCCACAGCACAUGCAGUGAAUUUGCUGCUAAUACCCAUUAGUUGUAUCAAUUUCCCUAAAAUUAAGACUAAAACAGAAGAGGCAAAUGUUACAGCUGAAGAUAUCAUGUACUAAUAAAUCUACUUAAGAUUUCUUUGGUGAAGAGAACUGUCAUUCAGAAACGGCUUCUUGGCUUUUCUGCUUCUGGCUUGGAUGGAGAGUUUUGGUUUAGACGUGAGUAAAGAUGCCUGGUGUGCAAUUCUGCAGUAUUUUUUAAGGUCAGUCUACAGCACCAGCAAUUAGCACACAUGGGAAAGUAGGAUGAACAAAUGCUACAAACAUUAUUUUCAAAAAUGAGCUGUAUGUGCAAUAUAUGCUGCUGACAGUUUUGAUAAAACUUACAUUUAAAAUACUUUAGAAAAAUAAGGUGAAGAGUAAUUUCACCUAAACCAAAUGUCUUCUUUUGUUUAGAAAGAAAAUACGUUCAAGCAUAAACCUUUGAAAACAUAGGAUAAUUAAGAACAAAAAGACUGGAUGUUUGCCAAUUGCCUUCUCAGAAUUAUCUGGAAAUGUUUAAGAGAGCCAUCAAGGACAUAUUUGAUGAUGGUAAACUGAUUUGAGGAAGGAGACCUCACUAUCUGUGGGGCUAAACUUAGGGGGGGAGCACAGGCUGUGUGACAGUGUUUAAAAAUAGAGAUUUCAUCAAACUCCACAAUGUAAAGAAGUGAGAAGAGUGAAGUUUAUGGGAUGCUGGUAGGCUACGAAUAAACGACUAGCUGCAUGAUGAAGGUUUCAAUGCAAGUUCAGGAAGUAAAGUAAAUAGAAUCUAAGUAACAGUGCUUUUAGAUAAUCUGAAAAGUGUAACGUUAGUGGUCUUCAACCUGCUUCUGUCUGAAAUCAAGCAAAAUAAAUAUAUGAUGAAAGAGGACAAAAAUGAAUAAAAAUGGUUACGUGGAUGGAAGGCACCAGGAAGUACCCUAGUUCUGACAAGCAUAUAAGCAGCUCUUGCACCACAAAUAAUUAAUAUUUCUCUGAAAAGAACAUACCAUUAAACAUGUCCUUUUUUCCCCCUUUAAUUACUGUAGUGAACAUAUACUACCUUUUUAGCAAUAGGAACUACAGGUAACUUAUGAAUUUCUUUGAAUGAAUGAAAGAAGAUAUUAUCUAAGUUAAUGUCAAUGAAUUAUUUUGUAGUCAGUUGUGUGACUCCACUCUUGUGACAAGUUCUUUGUAAAAAAUAGUAACGUUUGUAGGAUUCAAAGUGUUUUUAAAACAUCUCAAGAUAUUAAAAAAAAAAAUAUAUAUUUUUUUCAGUUGAAAACAACUCUUCACAAAAAUAGUAUUGUAAGGGUCAUUUUCAGUAGUGCCUAACACUGUGUUUUAUGUACCCAAAUAACUAGUUUCAUCACUGAAUUGUGCAGAACCCUCAGUAAAGCAAGUUACCAGAAAAAGCUGAUAUUGAGCAUUUUUGCUGACUAAGCUGCUUAUGUAGAUAUUUAAAUGAGGAUAACUCAGCUUAAGUCAAUGAGUUUAACAUCUCUGACCCAGAUACUUACUGUCCUCUCUCUUUUUACUAUGUUUACAUCUAAAGACCAAUGAAAAAGCUGUCUUAUGAAGAAAAUUCUACUUUCAGUUGGUUUUUUUAUAAAAUACGUUUUGCUACUAAAAUAUGUUUUGCUACGUACACAGCAGACUCAAGCCACUGAAUGCUGCAGCAGUUUAUGUGCAUGUUCUGUGGGAGGUAAGAAAUUAAAACGAUUCAAUUAAUCUUCAGCACAUACUCAGCAUGACCAGCAGGCAUUUGGAAAGGCAGUAUCACAGCUUCAAAGGAAAUGUCAUAAGCCAAAGUCAACCUAUAGCUAAGCAGUCUCUCUGUUACUGUGUGCUAUACCAUCUCUGGUUUUGGCCCUACAAGGUCAGCAGGAUUAUGAGAGGAGAACUUUGUGCACCUGCUGUUGCAACAGGUAUUUAUCAUCUCUUCACUGCAGUGUUAGCCAUCCUUUUUUUUAGGAGCACAAUAAAUAAAUAAUAAAUAAAUAGGCAGUUUCAAAGUUUUGGUAAGUCUGAAGCACUUCCUAUAAUUUUAGCAUAAAGAGGACUCGAUAAAGUAGAAAGAAAAAAAGAUUCCUAAUU